CUUCGUUAAUGAGCGGUGGUUUUUAGUAGUUUCGAUUGAGACGUUCGUUUAAAACAUGAAGGACAAUCUUACUGCAGUUUUACAUGGAGUGGAAGAUCUCCGCUUGGAGCAGCGUCCGAUUCCAACUCCAAAAGACGAUGAGGUCCUGCUAGAGAUGGAUAGUGUCGGCAUCUGCGGAUCGGAUGUCCAUUAUCUGGCGCACGGUCGCAUCGGAGAUUUUAUUUUGCGAAAACCAAUGAUAAUAGGGCACGAAGCAUCGGGGAUUGUUGCAAAGGUCGGUUCCAAGGUGAAACACUUGCAGAUCGGUGACCGAGUGGCUAUCGAGCCAGGCUACGGUUGUCGAGUGUGCGAUUAUUGUAAAGCGGGUCGUUACAAUCUGUGCGAUGAGAUGAUUUUUUGUGCCACACCACCUUAUGAUGGAAAUUUAACAAGGUAUUACACACAUCCGGCUGACUUUUGCUACAAACUACCGCCCCAUGUGACAAUGGAGGAGGGUGCGUUGUUGGAACCUCUGUCGGUAGGCGUCCAUGCCUGUCGAAGGGCACAAGUAGGAUUGGGAUCAGAAGUUUUAAUUCUCGGUGCUGGACCGAUUGGAUUGGUUACAUUAAUCACGGCCAAAUCGAUGGGUGCUGGCAAAAUCGUAGUAACGGAUUUAGUGCAAAAUCGACUAGAUGUCGCGAAGGAACUGGGAGCUGAUGAGACGCUUAUCGUUGAAAGAGGAUCCGAUGAGAAGGAGAUUGUCAAAAAGAUCCAUGGAUUAUUCGGCGGAGCACCGGAUAAAACUAUCGAUUGCAGUGGAGCGGAGGCCACUUCGAGAUUGUCCAUCCUGGCUACUCGAUCAGGAGGGUGCGCCGUUUUAGUCGGAAUGGGUCCACCGGAGGUAAAGUUACCUCUGGUUAAUGCCUUAGCACGAGAAGUCGACAUUCGUGGAGUGUUUCGUUAUUGCAAUGACUAUCCUGCCGCACUGAGUCUGGUUGCAAGUGGAAAAAUUAAUGUUAAGCGACUGAUUACCCACCACUUCAAUAUUGAGGAGACACUGGAUGCCUUUAAUACUUCCCGGCAUGGCCUCGGCGGGGCGAUUAAAGUGAUGAUUCACGUUCAACCUAAGGAUAAAAACAAUGCAAAGUAGAUGCCAAGUGUGGAAUAGGAUAAUAUGUAAGCGGUCAACAUUUCCAUUUUGGUCAUUUUACCGGGAUUCAAAGAGCUCUAUCAAAUUACAGCAUACUAAAAUUUCCUAAACUACUUGGACAUUUAAUCAGGCGUCACACAUACACCUUCUUCAACGUAAAUUAUUUAAUUUCGAGAUGCAUUGAACAAUUGGUUGGGCCUUGAUUUAAAUAAAGCGAAGAGCAUUAUUAUUUUUUGCUUAUAAAUCUUAUACUUAUUAAGUAUUUCGGGUAUAGACUCACAUUCAUAAUAUAAUACGAUA